GGGACAGCGGUGUGGGCAGCCGAACCAUCUGGGUUGGCCUCCUGGUCCUAUCCUUGGGGAAGCCUCUCAUCCUGGACUUCCUGGCAUGGUCUGGAUUUGGAGCAGUUCCCCUGCAAACAGCCCUUUUGCUCACUUAGUCUUUUGCCAAACGCGAAUCACGCACUGGCCACUGGCCGCGUGCUAGGUUCUGUGCUUGUGCUCGGGGCUGUGAAGACAUUCAAAGCCUGCCCUCUACCGUCGGGGGGUGGGAGUCUCUGGCGCUCGCGUCCCUGCGAGCACGCUGGGACCUGCCAGACUUCAUCCUAGCUGUUCAUUUGGAGAACACCUUGCCCUUCCCUCCUGACUGAUCCUCUCUUGCUCCUUUCCCUAACUCGGUUUUCUCCCGCCUCCACAUAGGGCUUCGUUUUGGACAUUUACUACCAGGGCACGGAGGCAGAGAUACAACGGUGUGCCAGGCCGGAUGGGCGGGUACCACUGUUCAGGAAGGCCUGAAAAUUGAGGGGGGUGUCAGAACGUCCCCGUUGAGUGUCCCUGAGUGGGAGCCACUCUCAAUAAGCCUGGAGCCUGGGUGCUGGAGUGGUCCAGAGACAAAGUACCCUGCCUGGUAUGGCAGCCAGCCUUGCCUGGCCCAUCUGCAUGGGCCUUCCCAUGCCCUUCCCAACUCAGACCCAAGCCUGGCCCCAGCAUCCCCACCCCCCGACCUGACCCUGACCUCUCCAGGUCUCCGGGGUCACCUUCUUCUCUGUGGAGACUGCCGAGCACCUCCUGGCCACCCAUGUGAGCCCGCCCUUGGAUGCCUGCACCUACAUGGGCUUGGACUCUGGAGCCCGGCCAGUCCAGCUGUCUCUCUUUUUCGACAUCCUGCUCUGCAUGGCCCGGAACGUGAACAGGGAGAACUUCCUGGUGGGGCAGCCCCCGGAGAUGGGGCAAGGUGACUCGGACGUCGCGGGUUAUCUGCAGGCUGCCCGGGCUGAGCUGUGGAGGGAGCUUCGCGAUCAGCCCCUCACCAUGGCUUAUGUUCCCGACGGCAGCUACAGCUACAUGACCAGCUCGGCCAGUGAGUUCCUGUGCAGCCUCACGUUCCCUGGGGCUCCCAGGGCCCGGGUAGUGCACUCCCAGGUGGAGGAGCUGCAGCUCCUGGGCGCCGGGAGCUCUGUGGUCAGCUGCCUGCUCGAGGGCCCUGUCCAGCUGGGUGCUGGGAGUGUCUUGCAGCACUGCCACCUGCAGGGCCCCAUUCGCAUCGGCCCUGGCUGCCUCGUGAGUGGCCUGGACACGGCGCAGUGCAAGGCCCUGCGUGGCUUGGACCUGCAUGACCUCGUCCUGCAGGGACACCACGUGCAGCUACACGGUGCUCCCGGCCGUGUCUUCACCCUCGUUGGCCGUCUGGACAGCUGGGAGAGGCAGGGGACAGGAACAUAUCUCAACAUGUCCUGGAGUGAAUUCUUUCAGAAGACAGGCGUUCGAGACUGGGAUCUGUGGGAUCCAGACACCACCCCUGCAGAGCGUUGCCUUCUUAGUGCCCGCCUCUUUCCCGUGCUCCACCCCUUGAGGGCCUUGGGGCCCCAGGACUUGCUGUGGAUGCUGGACCCCCAGGAGGAUGGGGGCAAGGCCCUAAGGGCCUGGCGGACCUGUUGGCGUCUGUCCUGGGAGCAGCUGCAGCCGUGCCUGGACCGGGCUGCCACACUGGCCUCCCGCCGGGACCUGUUCUUCCACCAGGCCCUGGGGAAGGUGAGGCAUGUGCUGGAGGCCCGGCAGGACCUCAGCCUGCGCCCACUGAUCCGUGCUGCUGUCCGAGAGGGCUGUCCUGGGCCCCUGCUGGCCACGCUGGACCACGUUGCAGCUGGUGCGGGAGACCCUGGUGUGGCAGCCCGGGCUCUGGCCUGUGUGGCCGAUGUCCUGUGCUGCAUGGCAGAGGGCCGAGGAGGCUUACGGAGCGGGCCAGCUGCCAACCCUGGGUGGAUGCGGCCCUUCUCGUACCUGGAGUGUGGAGACCUGGCAGGGGGUGUGCAUGCGCUUGCCCAGGAGCGGGACAAGUGGCUGAGCAGGCCAGCCUUGCUAGUGCGAGCUGCCCGCCACUACGAGGGAGCCGGGCAGAUUCUCAUCCGCCAGGCUGUGAUGUCAGCCCGGCAGUUUGUGUCCACGGAGCCAGCAGAGCAGCCAGCUCCUGGACAGUGGGUGGUGGCUGAGUGCCCGGCUCGGGUGGAUUUCUCAGGUGGCUGGAGCGACACGCCACCCCUUGCCUAUGAGCUCGGUGGGGCAGUGCUGGGUCUGGCCGUGCGAGUGGAUGGCCGCCGGCCCAUCGGGGCCAGGGCACGCCGCAUCCCAGAGCCUGAGCUGUGGCUGGCAGUGGGGCCUCGGCAGGACAAGAUGGCCCUGAAGAUAGUGUGCUGGAGCCUGGAUGACCUGCGGGAUUACUGCCAGCCCCAUGCCCCAGGGGCUCUGCUGAAGGCAACCUUCAUCUGUGCGGGGAUCGUGCAUGUCGGCUCCAAGCUUUCGCUGCGAGAGCAGCUGCUGCACGCCUUCGGGGGAGGCUUCGAGCUGCACACCUGGUCGGAGCUGCCCCACGGUUCUGGUCUUGGCACGAGCAGCAUCCUGGCAGGCGCAGCCCUGGCUGCCGUGCAGAGGGCCGCGGGCCGGGCGGUGGGCACUGAGGCCCUGAUCCAUGCGGUGCUGCACCUGGAACAGGUGCUCACCACAGGAGGUGGCUGGCAGGACCAAGUGGGUGGCCUUAUGCCUGGCAUCAAGGUGGGGCGCUCCCGGGCUCAGCUGCCACUGAAGGUGGAGGUGGAGGAGAUCACUGUGCCUGAGGGCUUUGUCCAGAAGCUCAGUGACCACCUGCUCCUCGUGUACACUGGCAAGACCCGGCUGGCACGGAAUCUGCUGCAGGUGAGCCCUGGUCCCGGGACGAGGGAGGGAGGUAGAUGGCUCAGCUGGGCCCAGAUCCUUACUGCCUCCCUCCCGCCCCAUCUGCAGGACGUGCUGAGGAGCUGGUAUGCCCGGCUGCCUGCCGUCGUGCAGAACGCCCACAGCCUGGUGCAGCACACCGAGGAAUGUGCUGAAGCCUUCCGCCAAGGAAGCCUGCCUCUGCUGGGCCAGUGCCUGACCUCCUACUGGGAGCAAAAGAAGCUCAUGGCUCCAGGCUGUGAGCCCCUGGCUGUGCGGCGUAUGAUGGAUGUCCUGGCCCCCCACGUGCAUGGCCAGAGCCUGGCAGGGGCAGGUGGAGGGGGUUUUCUCUAUCUGUUGACCAAGGAGCCGCGGCAAAAAGAGGCUCUGGAGGCUGUCCUGGCCAAGACUGAGGGCCUCGGGAACUACAGUGUCCACCUGGUAGAAGUGGACACUCAGGGCCUGAGCCUGCAGCUGCUAGGGGGUGAGACCUCAACCUGAUGCUCUUUCCCAGAAGCUUGUCCCUCUGUAAGAGGAGAAAACCUGGAGCUACAGCAGCCCCACCUUUCCUUCCCCCAUGGAAGUGUCAGCCUUCUACUCUCUACCCACCCCUUUAUGAACCUGCUCCCAAAGGAAGCCAGCCAACGUGAGCUUGGGCCCAGCCCUUUCUGAAGCUUGGUGAAACAGAUGGUGCCUGGGAAUAGGACUGUGACCUCCUGGUUGACUGUGGUCUAGGGCUAGCCUCUGCUCUCUCUGGACACAGGCGAGUCCUAAGCUGAGUGUCCCAUUUGGCCUUUACAGAUCUCUGGCCCGCCUUGGGCCUUGGCCUCCUUACUCUCCAUGAGGGCCUGGAAAAAGGAUGACCAGCUUUAGCAGAUGGCUGGGGUCCUUGGUAAGGCCAACCCUGAAGAGGCUCUUCGAGGCAUUUCCUGUGGCCUUCCUUAGAGGUCAGGCUUUUGCCUGAGAAGAGAGUUCCUGCUCAACACUCGUUCCUAGGCUGACUUGAUGGGGGAGGGGGAACAGGGGUGUGGGUCCCUACUCUUGUUUGUGGCCAUGAGCCAAUGUGGUCUUACAGCAAGUCACUGCUAAUAGAGGCCUUAACCGUUAACACUACAGACUAUGCCACAUGACCCAAUGCCAAUGGGCACUCGAUUCUCAGGAUUGCAGCCUUCUUGGAAUAAAUGUGCUCUGCCCUUCCA